AGCCCAUUUCAACUAGGCCUGCCAAGCGCUCUUCACAAUUGUUCCCUAUUUCACCUCUCCCACUGCAAAAUGUGGAUACCAGGAUGAAGCAACCUGUGGUGCACAUCGGCGUGGCGAUAGCCGGUGUGCACGGAGUGCUCGUGCAGCAGGGCCUGCAAAACCAGAACUCCCACACGAUAACCCUGCACCAGCACGCCUUUCAACAGCAGCAGCAACAGCAGGGAACUACAAGAGCAGCGAGUCGAGACCAGCAUGGUCGUCAGUUCCAGUUCCCCGGUGGCAGCACCCCCGCGGGCAAUGUUGCGACGACCUACGGGGCGUACGCCGGCGGGGCAACCAUGCCCGUGGGCGGCCCGCAGCCGCCCAUCACCCCGCCCGACAUCUACCCGCAGUUGACCGCCGGGCUCCCGGCCGGAUCGGUGCCGCAGCCGCCACCGAGUCGGCCGGAGCAGCAGGUCCUGGCGCAGAAGGGGACGGAGGAUUUGGUGGCGACGCUGUCGCAGCCGAAGAUGGAUGACACCGGCAAUUUGAUGUACUUUGCCGCCGUAAACUCGGCGGGGCCCUUGAGUAAUCCCGACAACGUGAAAAAAGCGGCGGAGGCAAACGAGAAGCUGCUCGCGCGGUCAUUGGGGACCAGCGGGGGAAACGGAACGGCCGACAUCGGAGGGUUCACUUCGGUAUGUAGAAUUCUAGAAUUUCUGUGGUUUCUUUACAACUGUGACGCACGACGUUUAUUUGACCUGCACACGUCGCAUCAACAUGAGAAGCUGAAGCAUUUACUGCAUCAAAAGAUAAAGAUCACGACGAUUUGUCCUGAGUAAUUACAGGCUAUCAAGAAAGCAACCGCGGGCGUAAUGGCGCAGUAUCAGAAGAUGGUGGCGCAAAAGGCCUCGACGGACAAGGCCCUGGCGGAUAUGACCAAAUCCCUGAAGGAAAUGGUGGACUGCGAGGAAAAAACGGUGGAGGACGCGACCGCGUUGAACCCCGCCGCAGCGCAAACCUUCCCGACCCCGCAGCAGCAAACACCGCCACCGCCCCUGCCGAGUGGGAUGACGCCACUGGACGCGGGUACUAUACGGAUUUGAGAUACAUGUAUGACAUGACAUGUAGUUCUCUGACGUCUGCGCAACACGUCUAGUAUCCGUCUGAAGUUUUACUUUGAGUUUGGUCACUCACUUCUAACCUGCACAAGAACCUUUACAAAAAUACAAACCGGCAGCUUCCGCCAAAGCCGCGGCCGCAACGGGGGGAGCUACUGCACCGUCGACCGGCAACGCCGCACUGGUGCAGCACAGACGCGACGAGGCUGCGUCGCCUGGGAUUGAGCUGAGUUUGUCGGAGACAGGCAGGAGAAUGACUGACGGACAAAUGAGCAUGAGAAAGAAGAAGAAGAAGAACGACAGUCACGAGAACAAUUUGCAGAAAAACUACAAAAAGAAUCCUUUCGGCGUCGCGCCCUCGCUAGAUGCGGAGGAACAGGACUGGUCCGGGCCGGACGAAGAUAGUACAACUACUGAAUCCGACUACUCCGAAGAUUUUCUCGAGCACCAACGAGACCAAAAUGCGGCAGAAGAAGGACAAGGAGCAGACGCUGAGUCAGAAGCCAGCACCGAAGGAGCGGCAAGUGAGUCCACAGUGGCUGACCAAACUACGUCAACAGAAUCGUCCUCGCAGCAAACAGCGUCGUCCUGCGAAUACGAAGAAGCGGAAGUCGGGUACUGCCGCGAGCAGGAACUCGGAUUCGACGAGAACCAAUUUUCGUUGUCCCAACAAUCCGCCUCAUCUCAACAAAAACAUAAAAGCAAAAAGACUGCACAGGAGGAGUUUCAGCAGGCCAUGGUGAGCCCUGACUUCGCCCGGUGCAGCUACAGCGAUACCGUGCAGGACUGCAAAAAGCUCUGCGACAAGACCACCGGGUGUAAAGCCCUCGAUCAUUCCGCCGAAUCUGCAGUCUGCUGCCUGUACAAAACGGGCUUGGUGCGGGGAAACCGGUCGCUGGACAAGCAAGUGAGCUGCACCAGGAAAAUCAACGGGAACUGCAAGAUCGACGAGAAAAAAGCUGCUGUAGCAAGCGAAAAGAAGCAGGAAAGUAGAAAAGGUGUGAAAAAGACAAAAGCAGCAAAUGCGGGGAAAGGGAGAAAAAAGAAGGAUGACUUGAAAUUGAACGCCAAGAAGCAAAAAGAACAGGCAGCGAAGAAAAAGAAAAAACCUCACCCGGUAUUAUGGAAUCGCUAUGGAAUGCGAAAAUGAUAGCGAAAGGAAUUUUCGUAACGCUGCUGCUCUGCAAUUGCAAGUGCAUGACAGAGCAUUUCUGUCAUGCAGUAGAGGCAGAAUUGGAAUUCCGAAGAGCAGAAAUUCCGCGCAAUUUUUCUUUGAUGCUACCUGGGAAGACACCCUUCUUGGUCGAGAGUAUCCGGUAGUUUGAGAUGGAAAUUUUGUACGUUGAUAGUACUGAAGUUGGAUUCCCAAGCUCGUGACGCAACACCGCAAACGCAUGGCAUGCAUUCGUAGUUACCGCCAUUUGUCAUGAUCCUUCAGAACAAUAUGAAAGAGUCAAAUGCACAUACAUCUUGAUCAGGUCGUCCGCCCCACGCUGAAUGUCCUUCAAACCGGCGAGGACCUGCUCUCCCCUGCGGAAGCGGCAGCCGCCAUGUUGGAUCGACCAAUUGAGCCGAUGCCACAACGAACGGACUAUUACCCAAGCAUGCAGGGCGACUUUCUGGCGGGUACUAUGCAUACAUGAAGCCCCAGUAUACAUGCAGCAGUUGUUCGCUUGUUUUGCAGAAUUUUGUUCGUGCUAGCAGUUUUAUUGGACAAGAAUGAAGUAGAGUUUGACCGAGAUUGGAGAAUAAAAGAAAACGCAAACAUGUUCUUACCGACCACAGGUGCCCACCCGACCCUAUUCCCGAGUCACCUCCACCGCCAAGAAGCAAAGCAAGAUGCAUCAACAAAAAGCGCAGAGAAGGAUGACGCCGAGCAAACCUCCGGCGCCAUUGAAAGACUGAAGGCCGAGGCGCGCGCGAAGGAGCACCAGCUAGAGGAGCAGAUGCACUCUUUGGAGGCGGAAAGGGAGGAAAGUCAGCGGAUUCAAAACGAGCAGAAGCGUGAGCUGGCGGAAGCCCAAAACGCGGUCGAGGAGUUGCACCGACAAAAUGUGGAACUGCAGCAGGGCGCAACAAGUAGAACACGAGCACCCAUGUCAACAACGUCAGUAUCAUCUCCCUCGAAGCUAACCAGUAUGAGUUUAGUGGAAAAGAGCAGAGCGGAGAUGAUGACCUCUACUUCUGCUCUGCAGUCUGCCCGGGAAGGUCUCACCUACGACAAUACCAACGAGCAGAUGUUCCUCCAACAGGCGUCCGCGAUGAUGCGCACCGCGGGGAAGUACACGCUUGUCGAGAAGUCCUCGGUGAUCAGCAAGGAACAGUGCGACAUUCCGGUGGACAACCGGGCCACCUGUUUGGAGGACGUGAUGUUCGACGCCCACACGCUGCGGAAGGAGGUCCGACUAUCGACAGCGCCGCACGGGUGUAACUGGUUCCGGUCGAAAUCUAGCAAAAAGCACGGCCCGAUCGUGUUUUGGAACGAUUUCAACCCGGACGCGCAGGAGUUGGAGGUCACAGCGAAAGAAUCGCACCCCAUGAUGCAGAUGCACGGCGGCCCGGUGUGCGUCAACAACGAGGACAGGAGGAAGAGUAGUGACCUGUCAAGGUUCAACACUCCGCGGAGUAGCGAAGAUUUGAACGGCAGGAAGAUGAAUGGCGGACAAAUAAACCAGGCCUACAGCAAUGAUUUGUACCAGAUGACAUCAAAUCCUGCUGGUUCCACUUCCAACGCCCUGUAUCGCGAUGAACAAAUCGAUCCCAGAUCAACCGCCAAUCAGAACAUGCAGAUGCUGCAAAUGCAGGAUCAGCAACAGCAGGGUCUUUUGGAAAAUCCACAACAAGGACAACUACUCCAGGGCGGAGUUGUGGCCGCACCAGGGCAAGAACUGCAACAGGCCACGUCCUUCACGGGAUCCGCGCCGCCGGGAGCUGGUAGUCAAGACGGGUCAUCAUUUUUCGGGUCCACAGAACAAACAGCAGCAUUUCAGCGCCCUUCGGAACAACUAGUACAGCAGGCCGCUCCUGAUGGUCGACUGACGACGCAAGAACAGUUCGUAGGGCAGGGGCAGGAGAUGAUGCAAACAUUUGAACAAGAACCCUCGCAGAUGAUGAUCAUGCAGCAGCAGCAGCAGCAGCAGCUGCAGCCCGGGCAAGUGAUGAUGCAACAGGUGCCAAUUGUGCAGCAGCAACCACAGGGAAUCAUCUAUCCGAUGUAA